CAACGACCGCGCCGCCCGCCCACACUGCGCGGGCGCGCUUCCACAUUCAAAAUUUCAAACCAACCAGUAACAUCUGCGGGAAUGAACUCCUUUUGAUCUAAACGAUUGCACUUCCAAAUUCAAAAUUUGCUUUUAAUUAUUUACUUUUUCUAAAAUGUGACUGAAGUGGCCAGUGUUAAGUGACAAAAUGCCACGAAAAAGGGCUAGAUCGCCGCCUGAAAGAAAAUCUGAUGCAGAGGAUGACGACUUCUUUUUCGAUGAUAGUCAGUCUAAUUCAGGUCGCAGCUCCAACGAGCCGGUGCACCGCAACGCGGCCAACGCACGGGAGCGCGCGCGCAUGAGGGUGCUCUCCAAGGCGUUCUGCAGAUUAAAGACGACUCUCCCGUGGGUGCCGGCGGACACCAAGCUGUCGAAGCUGGACACACUGCGGCUGGCGGCGUCAUACAUCGCGCACCUGAGGACCCUGCUGCGCGAGCCCGGCGCCGCGGCAAGGGAGCACCCACUCAACUUGGCGUGGCCGUUUGCUUUCCAACAUGGAGGCUCUAUCAACUGCCCCAUAUCACCGAGGUGGAACCCAAACACCUUGUCACGGGAAGUACCUACACAGAACCACACCAGCCAAUCACAACCAGACCAUCGGCCCUUCAGUGCUGAACAAUACUCGAAGAACUUCGAUCAAGAAUACGAAAGCCGAUGUCACGAAGACAGAAAUAUGCUUACCGACAACUGCCCUUCGACGAUGCAAUUCUGUAACUACGGAUACAAGGACACGUACUGCGAAAUAAGACCUACAUACGGUUCGGGAAGCCUAAUGAAUACUACCAAUUAGUAGAAUUCAAAUGGUUAUGAAGUAAUUGAAAAAAAAACACUGUUUAGAUACCUAUACGUAUUUAUAAACUAUUUUUUGAAAAUGUUGCCAAAGAUUAGGAUUAAAUAAAAUUUAAACGAUUAAUUUCCUAUAUUUAA